UCAAGAAUGGCACACUGCGUUAGGCACACCUUUCCUUUCCUGAAACAUCAGCCCUGCUACAUUUGGAAAUGCUUAAAAUACAGGGUCCUUUUUUCCUCUCCCUUGCCACUUUCACCUGGCUCCUUAGUGCCUGGCCUGUUCCUUUGAAGGAUCCUUCUGAAAGCCACAUUGACAGGGCCAAGUGACAGUGAAUAUGUCACUCUCAGCCUUUGGCCUUGUUGGCCCUGGGCUGCAGCCUGACUCGUUAUGAACGCAUGUGCUUAUUUCUGAGGGAGUGUGACCCCAGACCCGUGCAGGUGGCCUGGCAGCAUGUCGUGUUCCUCAGUGUUUGCUGCUUGCAUGCUGCGAGCUGGACAGGAGGUCUACACAGACAGAGCUGGUAACUCUUCCACCCUCCUCCGAGCUGGGACACACUGGCAGUGCUGAGCCUCCCGGAGAAUGUGCUGGUAUUGUUUAACAAGGCUGUGUAUCAAGGAGGAAAAGGAAACAAACAUACUCUCAUGAGUGUAUCACAACAAAUACCUUGGGGACUUGGAGGUAGAGUUCUAAGACUGGCCUGCAGGGACAGAAGGGUUUAUAGGAACGAGGUAAGAGGAGCAGUAAUUAGUUAAUAGUAGAUCACUGAUCAGGAGGCAGGAGAUAAUUAUGUGCAGAAUUACAGGUUAGAUUUGGUAGGUAUCAGGUGAUCUUGAAAGGAAGCCUUUUAAAUGCCCAACAAGCUGUGGCGAGCGCCUACCAUAGGGAAGAGUGCUCUCACUGUGAGGUCCACAACAGCAGGCUCCUGGAGUAUUGAGCAGCUGGUUGCAAGCCUGGGCACACGUGAACGGAGAGCCAGACGGGGUGCACAGAUGCUUUGGGAUCGGUUUUGGGCUGAGGCCUGGGAAUUUUCAUGGGAGGAUACACUGCCGAGAAAUGGUGGUCCUGUAAGUCUUCAGGGCAUUUGUGGUAAGCAUGAUCAUGGCUCCGCAAAUCCACCGUCUUCAAUUUCAAAUGACCUCUUGGUGUUCUCCCCCUCCUCCAUCUGGAGACACCUUUAUUCUAAUGAACCACUGGUACAUUCCUCCUCACCCUCCACACUUCUCCCCCAGCAGCAGUAGAAGCUGAGCAGCAAUCCCAGAGGCUCAGGAGGUGUCUGAACCAGCGACCCAACUUUUCCUCUUCAGUUUUUAAGUUCUGCACAAUAUCCCAUUAUACAUGCAUACACUGACACAUGAGGCAUUGCAACCCCACAGGUUCUUCAGAGAAUGUUGCUGACAGAGGGCCCUGGGUGAAUCUCCUGGAGGUACCAGGGCACCCACUUCCUCAGGGCUCCAAACCCUGGGCUCCACCAAACGGCCUGAGCAUCCUGCUCUCACCCAACUCAUGGGUGGUACCCCUCCUCCUUCCCCUCGCCUCCACCUGUAUCACCUUUAAUGAGCUUGACAGGAUCUCAGAAGUCAGCAUGAAAGCAUCUCGCAGCUGCUGUCUUCUGCUCAGAGGACAGAGUGUAGAAAACAGGAAGGGCCUCAACAACUUCUUCAGAACCAGAAGGUGUGCGGGUAGAACAGAAAUACCGAGAACUCAAACAGGUAUCCAGUAACAGCUCAUGUGCUGCAUGGGCCCUGCAGAGAGGCAGCAGAGCAGGGUGACGGAAAGCUUGGAAUCUUCUUGGCUCUGCCCCUUGUAUGCUUAGCUCUCUCAUAAGGAAAAUAAGAUGAUAGUUAUGGUACUCAUUCCACUAAGGCCGUGAGGAUCCACUGACCAAUACACAGGACUAUGAUAUUUAGUCGUGGGGCAUAAAACGAUAGCUGUCAUUAAGCCUCUACUUCCACUGAUGUAAAAAGUGAUGCUCCUGUACCACACUGCCACUCUAAAGUGGCUUCUUUCUCUCUUCCCUCCUCUCUCCUCCUUUCUCAGGAAGACUCUAAGCCCAGACCUCUGCCUGCCCAGCUGGUGAUGCUCACCGAAGAAUGGACUAUUCUAGUGGGGAUGAUGUUGCUGACCCAUGGUUUUAGGAAUUUGAUCGGAAGGACACAGUGCUCUCUGCUGAUGGAGCCUGGCACCACUAGAGGUGUGCAUCUUGCCGGUGAAGCAGCCCUGGGCCAGGCAUCCUCUCUUCUCUCCUUAACUGGUUUCUCCUUUCAACUCUUGAAGACUUGUUUGGUUGGAGAUGUCUCUAUACCCCCAGUAUAAAUUUGGUCUAAACUUGGCCCCACAUGGCAUUCUCUCUUAUAUUUUCUCUUUUUGCUCUCUACUAUUAGCCUUUAUUCAAUUUUUAAUGAUGGGUAUUUGUGUGUGUAUUUAUUCAAGGUCGGCUCUCCCAGUAGGUGACAUAGCUCUAGAGGGCGGAGAUUAAGUGUGUUUUAUUGACCAAGUCCAAUGGCUUAGCUUUAACUUCUAUUAAGUGAAAAUGCGAACACUGCCUUUUCCUACCUCACUGAGCUGUGAAAUUAAACAGAUAAUAUGGGAAAGUUCCUUGUAUCACAGAAUGUGAUGUGGCUCUUAGUUAUGCUUAGUGCUAUGUGUGUUUUGAGUAUACAUAAGCUGAAUACCUGUGAAAUGAGAGCCUAGCUAGGAGAACAUUUUGUCAGAUGAGAUAGUAAAGUGCUUAGACAAGGAUGCACACCAUGAUAGUGUUUAUGUGUAAAUUCAGAGCUGCCCCUACCUCUAAAAACUGCCACAUUCAUUUAGUCCAGUGGUGAGGAACUUACCGCACCCGUGCCACCAGAGGCUGCUGUGUCACUGAAAGUUCUAAAAGGUUCGUCAUGACUUAGUCCCGUUAGAGAAGGCCUGGAUAGGUUCUUAGACAGGUUACAAAAGGAGUACCAGGUCUGGGGAAAAUUAAAACAUACCGUGCAACAGUGAGGAAGCCAGAGCCCGUGGAUCCUGACCAUCGGAAGGGUUUUCACAAGUAAGCUCCCACGAAGGCAUUCCUUUCCCACUGAGAGGCAGAGACGGCCACUGGAUGUCUGCUCACCAGCAGUGGGACUGCAGAUGGAGGGAAGGCACUUCCAGAGAGAUGGCUGCUGCCACCAGCACUUCACAGGGAGCAAACGGGAGGAAUGUGAAGCUCUGUAAGCCUAGAUGUGGCACAGAUAUAUAUGCAGCAUCUUCUUUGGGACAGAGAGUUGGAGGAGGUGGCUGAAUAAGUGUUCCAUGAAGGCCAUGUGUUCCCAGUUUGCUCCCUAUCCUGUGGCCCUACUGAGAGGCUACGGAACGUUUAAGAGGCGGGGCCUCAUGUAAAGAAGGGAGAUCAUUGGUUGUGUGCCCUUGAAGGGCACCCUGAGACAGGGCACCUUCCUUUUUUUAGGUUUCCUGACUUCUUGAAGUGAGCAGUGUUUUCUACAGUGCACUCCCAUCAUGAUGUGCUGCCCUGCCAUAGGCCUAAAAAUAUCUGACCAACCAACCAUGGUCUGCAACCUCUGUAAUGUGUUCCAAAAAUAACCAUUUUCUCUUUAUACAGAGAUUAUCUCAGAUAUUUAUUGUAGUAACAAAAAUCUGACUAACACAUUAGAAUAUGAGAUCUAGACUGCCACCCCUCUGCCUUUGAUAGGCGAAUCAGGAACAAUAAACGGUCCAUUCUGGCAGCCAGUGUGGGUCAUGCAUUACUGAAGUUGGGAACCCAAAUACAAGAUGCUAAACUUAGAAAACAGAAAAAUCAUGUGGAAACAAAUCUAGUAAGUUUUCCUUCACUGAAGCCAUUUUAGGUUUUGUCCUAUUUCUUAGGAAACAUGAUGUCAACACUAACUGCCCUGGUGUUAUUCUUUGUUGUUUAAUGUGUCUACAAUUAUGAGUCACUACUUAGUAAGCUAUUUAUAGUUUGCAUGUUUGGGACAUCCCUGGUUCUCCUAGGACACCAGAUUCCCUGUAAUUGGAUGAGAAUCUAGGUUUUUCCAGCCUCUCAGCUCAUGACUCUGUAACUUUCUGAUUCUUUAUAUAGCUGUGACUGCCUUUGUGCUCACAGAGGUGACCAGUGAUUUCAGAAUAGGUCAGGUAACAGAUAAGGCAGGGUAUGAUGGUAAUGGGCCCUCUGAUGGCACGGGAAAGUAGAUUUCAUACUGGAUCCAGAGGAAGACAGAGCUCUUUUACUGAUCCAAGUUAAGGAAAAAUAGCAAAAUAAAACAAGGUUUAGAAAGACAUAAGCAAAGAUCACACAUAAUUCAGGAGGGGAUGGGCUGGUGGCCACAUGUGAGGACAAUUAGGAGGAGAAAGGAUAUAAAUUUGUAUAAGCAUAUAUUUAAAAUUUUAGGUAGGCCAAUAAUUGCUACUAGAAUUCAAGUUUGAUUGCAGGCCCCAGGAGCUUGCAGUUAAGUUCUCUCAUCUGUCAUGGCACCGUGCCUGCAUAGAAGGGUUCCUUCAGACCCAUGCUCUAGGUGUCCACCUCACAUUCCUUCUAGAGUUUCUGUAGUCACAGGCCAUGUAGCAUUAGGGACAUGUUGGAAUAGAGGUCAAGGGGGAGCCUCAGAGGGAGACCCAGGAACUAAAGACCUCCUGUGCACACUGUCCUACCUCUGUGGAAUGGACUUAAUUUAACUGAACUUUUUAGAGAAGGCUGUAUAAACUGGUUGUUGAUAGGAAGUGGGAAACCCAGGGACAGACUGUGGCGAGGUGGGAAGGGGAGGGCUAACAAGAAAGAAAGUGGCCCAGAGUGGAUCUGGUAAUAUUAGUAUUCUGGGACACAAACCCCAGCUCUGGGUGUCCCAACAGACCUGAAUCAGCCAGCGCUCCAUAAUGUCCAGCAAGGAGAUGAGCAGUGGUGAAGGGGUGGAAAGGAGCUUUACGUGGCACGGCCAUCUCAAGGUCUUCCUGGAGGGGUGGAAAGAAACACUGGUGUUUCAGGUAAAGGGAAACAAAGGCAAGAGUUGGGGUUCUGCAUAGGUGGGGAGCUUACACAGCUGGUACCUUAGUUAAUCCUGGCCAGUAUCCCAGAACUAGUUCUCUGGGGUCUAAAGACAGCCAUCACUGCUUGAAGGGACAGUCUAGUUCCCAUCGUAAGAUGAUGGCUCCUGCUUUAGGGAUAACUUCAUUCUGUCAUGGGGUAAUUGUUCACACUUUGGGAGAACCUUAGCAUGGUGGUCAGCUUUUCCUGGAGUCCAAGACUGCAGGUUUAGGACAACAACUUGAGGCUCCUAAGCAUUGCUCCAGGGGAUCUGGAUCCUGAUGUUGUAAAAGCUGGGUAUUAGACAGUCCUGCAAAUCCUGAAAAUCGGUUACAGUUGCUAUCCUCACUAUGAAGGGGUUGAGACAAGUUAGGUAAAGUUAGGCUUAAUAAACUUCACCUUUAAGUGAUUAACACUGCCUAUGUGCAAAGCCGAGCAGGGAUGAAACCCAAAGUUUUAAGACAACAAGACAUACAAAAUGAAGACAGGUGACAAAUUUUGUAAUGCAUGUAGUUGCCACUGGCAUUUGAAGACCCUGCCUCUAGGUCCCUGUUACGCUGGAAGAGGAAAAUCACAGAGAGAGGCAGGGGACAGGGAAGGGAAGGGUAUGAGGUUUCUCCCUUUUGCCCAAGGGCAGCCUCUGCCCUCCAGGACCUGAGCAGUUGACUCAGGAAAGGCUCCAGCUCCAUCCACCCUGCAGUUCUGCAGGAAGGCCCUGGCCUCCUUCCCUGACACACCGCAUGCUCACUGGCAGGUUAUUUCUGGAAGGCUCACAGCAGAGUAAGCAGGGACACAGGACAGCCUGCAAGUUGGCGGCCUGGGAGUGGAGACAGGGGAGCUUUGUGUACCUGAGCCCAGAGCAGCGCCCACUUCUCUUCUGCACAGUGGGCCCGGCUUCAGGCUUCCAGGCGACAUGCGGGGCUUCCUCCUCUCCACUCUCCUCUGCGCAGAGCUGGCACAGUUUUGCUGCAGGGCACAGGACCCAGGGCAGGUAGACGGAACACCUGCAGGAGGGCCCGGAGGAGCCACAGAAGUGCUUCAGCGAAAACAGUUUUGUCACUGGCCCUGCAGCUGCCCACAUCAGAAGCCCAGCUGCCCUCCUGGUGUGAGCCUGGUGAGAGACGGCUGUGGCUGCUGCAAGAUCUGUGCCAAGCAGUCGGGGGACAUCUGCAAUGAAGCUGAGCUCUGUGACCCACACAAAGGGCUGUACUGUGACUACUCAGCAGACAGGCCUAGGUAUGAGACCGGCGUGUGUGCCUAUCUUGUGGCUGUUGGAUGUGAGUUCAACAGGGUCCAUUACCAUAAUGGCCAGGUGUUUCAGCCCCACCCCCUGUUUAGCUGCCUCUGUGUGAGUGGGGUGAUUGGAUGCACACCUCUGUUCAGACCCAGGCCCGCUGCCAGCCACUGCUCCGGGAGUCAAGCUGGAAAGAAGUCUGAUCAGUCACACUGUGGCCUGACACAGUCACAACAGCAGAUCUCAACAAGCUACAGAACCAUGCCAGCUUACAGGAAUCUUCCACUUAUUUGGAAAAGAAAAUGUCUUGUGCAAGCAACCAAAUGGACUCCAUGUUCUAAAACGUGUGGCAUGGGAAUAUCUAACAGGGUAACCAAUGAAAACAGCAAUUGUGAAAUGAGAAAAGAGAAAAGAUUAUGCUAUAUUCAGCCUUGCAACAGUACAAUGGCAAAGGCAUUAAAGAUCCCCAAAGGAAAAACAUGCCAGCCUACCUUUCAACAAUCCAAAGCUGAGAAAUUUGCGUUUUCUGGAUGCUCAAGUACUCAGAGUUACAAACCCACUUUCUGUGGAGUAUGCACGGAUAAGAGAUGCUGCAUCCCCAACAAGUCUAAAAUGAUUACUGUUCAAUUUGACUGCCCAAAUGAAGGGUCAUUCAAGUGGAAGAUGCAGUGGAUUACGUCUUGCGUAUGUCAGAGAAACUGCAGAGAACCUGGAGACAUAUUUUCUGAGUUCAAGAUUCUAUAAAACCAAGCAUACGUGUGUGUGUGGGGGGGGGGUUUUAAAGUUAAUCAGUUAUGUCAUAUAAUUAAAAAAGUAGAAUGGUGGCAAAUCUACUUUAUAAAGAACUAAGUAUAGAUGUUCUCAGAUCCCUGUACUGAAGACAUUAGAGGCUUCUGAAAGUUUGUCCUAAAAAUAUAUAUAAAACUUAAAUAGCUUAAAACUGAAUUCAUUUGUACAAUACAUAAUACAGUAAUGUUAUACAGUCAUUUGGUAUCAUCUCAGCAUUCACUAAAGAAAAAGUUUAACUAUUUACAAGAAAACAUUUUAUUUUACAAAAUAAUUGAGAGUACUUUUUUGAUAUGUUUAAAAACACUUACUGAAUUUUUAAGCUUUACUCUGUACCUGGCAACGUAGCCUAGGUUCCUGUCAGAUAAUAAUUAAUAUAUGGCUCAAAGAUUCCAAAUAAAUUCUUGAAUAGAAGUAAGAUUACACUAUAAAUAUAUUUAUAAUUUUCAUUGCCCAAUCCUAAAUAUUGUUAUGAUUUUAGGAGAGAGUAAAGUGAACUAUUCUGGCUACUGCUAACAAGAAUAAUCCAAAAAUUUUAUACCAAUGAUGUUAAAAAAGUAAAAUUUUAAGAUUAGGACCAAGAACAGUACUAAUAUCUUGCAAACGAAAAACACUUAAAAGAUAAACACUAAAGAAAGCAUACAACAGACUAUUUUGGCUUGGAAAAAAAUCUUCUGAAAAAUUACUUCCUUCAAGUGAUAAGUCAACCUAUUUAUUUGAAACACAAAUUAUGAUUACAAAUAAAUUAAUGCUAGUUCAAAUUGGAGGUUAUAGUAAGUAGAACACACUAUACUACAACUAGUGUGUACUACAAAGGUUAGAAGAGAAUUUGAAGCUUAGUAAUGUCUUAUUCAUUUAUAAAAAUGGUGACAUGCAAAACAGUAACAAGUAGCACUGUAAAAACAUGGACAUUUAUUAUAAAAUCAGUUGGCUUGAUAAAAAGGCAACUGUUUAAAUUCUUCUAUGUGCAAAAGUUGUUACCUAAAGAGAAAACAAAAAUCUCCUUAAUAGUUGUAACAAAAGCUAUUGCUGAAAAGUUAGUGGCUGUUAUAUGGAAAUACUAUUAUUGUAUUGUUCUACUCCUAGUAGGUAUUUUUAAAGUAUCAGGGGAAUUUAAGUAGAAUAUCACAAUAUAAAUUAAAUAUCUAUAUGAAAAUAUCUCUGUAGAAGAUCUUUAUUAUCAGUGCAUAAAUGUCUAAACUUGGGGCUAUAGAUAAGGUGAUCCAUUGAAGAACUUCAUUCUCUCAACAUUCUCAAAUUCCUUGAGGUACAGGAGCUUUAUGAAUUGCCCUCACUGGUAUCAUAAAUAAGUUGUGAUUAAGUAGAAAACAGUCUUUUAGAUAAAAAAUUUCCUGAGUUACAGAAAAGCUGAAACAGUGAUGAGAAACGGUGAAGUCAGGCAGUGACAGCCAUGCUUUCAGGUUUCCCUCUCACACAGCGACGCGCAGUCUGGGCACAUCCUCCAUGGGCAUGCCCUUGGUGGCGUCCAGCUGGUUAUACUCCUGGAUGAGUGCUGACAGCGAUGACACAGCUUCCGUGAAACAGCUUUCCUCCAUCCCCUCCACUUGGAGAUAGUGAUGGAGGUGAGCCUGUAAGUGACAAAUCAGAUGACACUUACCAUUCCAGGAACUUUGUCUAACUACUUCUAUGGUAAAUAGUGUCUGCUAAAAUUAAUCAGCUCUACCACAGAAACGGAAGCUUGCGUUAAGUAUUUUGCCUAAUCCUUCGAACUCAUGAAUUUCUCAUUUAGAGUAAAAACUAGUAUGACUGAGCCUCUCCUCUUCACUUACAGUCAGUAUAAGAAGUGCUGCAGAAAAGGGAAGGUCAGUUCUAACUUUUACUGUUAAGCCUCAAGUAACCAAAACAAGCAGUUAAAAAGGCAGGCAUUUACCUUUUUCUUGUAGAGUCUCAUGAACCUCUCUCUCAGUUCAAUGAAGGUAGGCUUCACACAUGUGUUAUUCGCUAAAGCCAAUAGUGAAUGAGAGUGGCCCACAGGAGGUACUGAGCACAGGCUGGUCUUCCAGCCUUCUUGAUUCCAGGAGACGAACUGUAGAGAAGGCUUUAAUCUGAGAUACAAAAAUGCAAAUGUAACAUAAAGUACUAAAAUGUCUGUCACAUUAUGGCAGCCCACAUUAGCUAAACAACAUUACUGAUGGCAUCACCCUAACUGUUAAGUUUAUCAUCUAAGUUAUCUGUUUUUUGCUAUUAGUGUCAUGAGAUAAUGUAAGAGUGAACCAGUGACAUUUAAUCUGGGAGCUUUUAAAUAAGAUGUGAUGGUGAUUUAAAAAGAUCAAAACACAUUCUCGAAAAUCAGAUAUCUGGGGCUAAAAAGAAAUGAAGAUACAGUUUUCAUUAUUGGCAAUUCAACAGUUUCCCUAAAAAUAGGCUCUCAAAAUAACCAAACUUGGAAACUUCCUAGCAGUAGCUAUGGUAGGGGCAGUAAAAAUAAUUAUCAGUUAUAUUUUCUGAAAACUUUCAGAAAAUAAAAUGCCUAAUAUGUAAUUUAACACUAAAUAACUUUGUAAUAUUUUUCUCAGAUUAUGCUUGAGGAAAACAAGUACAGCUAGGCUAACAGUCUGCCUGAGGUCACCCUGCAGGGAGUGGCGCUCCUUAAUCAGAGGAGAGGCUGUGCAGUAAUAUCCCAAGCACAUACAUUAUCCUGAAGAAGAGAAACCAACCUUUCAAUAUUUCUGCGAAGAUCUGAAAUCUGCACAUUUCCUCUAACCAUGAGGGCACAGGCAAGAUAGAGACUGUGUUUCGGAUCUGCUUGGAUUAGCUGGUGAUCCUUGCUGAAGGCAUCUGAGAACAUCUGAUCCAACCUGGAACAAUUAGAGCUGCUGUUUAUACAGAGUGAUACUACUGUCUUCUAUGUAUAAUUUUAAAAUAAAAAGGCAGUGAUCUGGGGGUAAAAAAAAUGUAUCCUUAAUAUAAACAUAAUAUGCACUUUUCUAAAUAUAUUCCACAUAUAUCAAAUACGCACCCACUAUUUUCUGAAAGGAAUCCUAAGAAAUGUGAGAGGAAAUCAUUUAUCACACAUUUUUUAAAAGAAACUUGUAACUAAUUUUAGGUAAACACGAAAUGUUGACUAUAGCAUUCUGAGCAUGACAGAGUACUGAGUUCUGAAAUCUGUAUCACUAUUGCUUAGUUCAGUACGCUUAUCUACUUCAAUAGCGUCAGAAACAUCAAACUGUUAAAAAUAUAAGACAAUAAAGAUUUGUCUCUGUUAAUAUUAUAAAUGUUAAGAAUAACAGAAGAGAACUAUCCAAGGAUAAUGGGAGGCUCUCUCACAAAGUUUAAGACUACAGUAGUGCUCCCCGAAAUGGAGGCUUUGAACAGAAGCACUGUAUCUGAAGGUUUAAAGAUAAAUAAAGGAUUGUCUUUUUCCUUGAGUUACAGAGGAAAAUAAACAUGACUGACCAGAGUUUGUAUCUACCCAGUAUACAGCCUCCUUCUAUGGCCCCACUUUGAUUUUUAAAUACUAUUUAACUCAAUAUAAACAUGGCUGUGUCCCUUAUCUUAACUGCAGGCAGAGCUUUAAGUGCUGAACCCACAGAAUAUCUGGGCAGAGCUGCAGGAUAAAUGCUAUUUAUUUUUAUCAGGUAUUUAUUAAAUGCUGACAAUGUAGGUGCAAGAGAUCUAGCUGUGAAUAACAUAUAUACUUCCUUCUCUAAUGGCGCUCAUAUUCUUUGUUGAUUAUUAUAUAGAGGAGGGAGAGGGUUCCCUAAGGGACAAAUGAGCUUGGGAGAUUAAAAAAAUCAUCUGCUAUUAUAUUCAAAAUUUUGAUGUACAUGUGAUUUUAGGCACUUUCAUGGAGCCAAGUUAUAGACUGCUUUAGAGAUGGAGAUACAUGAGAGAUUAACCACACAAUAAUGUCAUAUUCAAUUUAUUUUCUUGACACAUAAAAUUAAAAACUACCAAGGAAGAGUUAUAA